AUAUGGUGCCCGUUCGCGGUUCACGCUUGCAGUUUCGAUCAACUACAAAAGUUUUUAGGAGGAUUACAAGGAACUUAUUGAAAAUGGGACCUCUCGAAAGUGCUAAAAAAGUCGCGGCUUAUAAAGCCGUCGAUGAAUAUGUAAAGGAUAAUAGCGUUAUCGGAAUCGGUAGUGGGUCUACUAUUAUCUAUGCUGUCCUUCGACUGGUCGAACGUGUGAAGGAAGAGAAUCUUAACAUUAUUUGUAUUCCAACCUCGUUUCAGGCUCGUCAGUUGAUAUUAAAUAAUCACCUUACGUUGGGCGAUUUAGAAACCUAUCCCAAAUUGGAUUGCGCAAUCGAUGGAGCGGAUGAAGUCGAUUCUGAGAUGAAUCUUAUCAAAGGUGGAGGAGGAUGUUUGCUUCAAGAAAAAAUUGUUGCUUCUUGCACAGAUCAAUUUGUUAUAAUAGCUGAUUAUACGAAGAAUUCUCAGAAACUUGGAGAGCAUUACAAAAAAGGUAUUCCAGUCGAAGUAGUUCCUAUGGCGUACGUUGCCAUUCAAAGGAGAAUCGAAAGUACUUAUGGGGGAACUGUAAAAGUUAGAAUGGCUUUAGCUAAGGCUGGUCCAGUUAUAACGGAUAAUGGUAAUUUUAUUCUGGACUGGGAUUUUCCAGAAAAUUUGAGUAAUUGGAAAAAUAUUAAUACCGAAAUAUCAAUGAUGCCUGGAGUCGUCGAAACAGGCCUCUUUAUAAACAUGGUUAAAAAAGCAUUCUUUGGUAUGCCCGAUGGCAGCAUUAAAGAACAAUUUUAAGGUCUUUUGAUAACAUUGAUUUAAAUGUUAGGGAUAAGUUUUACGAUAUGCGUGUAUUGACUCAAAUUUAUUUUCAUAAUGUGCGACAAAAGGAAUAUUUGUCCUACCUCAGAAGUGAUAUUACAUAUUUAUAUUUAUUUGUCAUUCAUACUUAUUUUCAUUGUUCUCAUAGUUUUGUACAUAUCGUGAUUUUGCAUUACUCUUCCUACAAAUGGAAUUCCAAGGAGAUUGUGCUAUACAGACUGAAAUAUUUUCUGUACUUGGUUUUAGAUAUUUAUGUAGUCAUUUAUGGAAAAGCGGUAUAUACUUAUUAUCCAAUUGUUUUGUCUUAAGUAUGCUGUGGAACGUGAUCAAAUAAUUAUGUA